CGGGGUUACGUUGUUGUUUUUGGCGAGGUAGUGACAAACAGCUGGAGAACACGCUUCGCGCUCAGCACUCUCUGUGAGGGGGUUAUUAUUCUCGGUGGUGUUACCAUGGUAAUUCUCGGCUGCGGACGGCUGCUCCUGCCGGCGCUGUCUCCUAAAUGGUCCGUGAAGACCCCCAAGCUGAGACCACCCCUGUGCGUGCCCUCCAGACCGUGCAAUAUCACUGCCUGCUCCUACAAGCUCAGGAAUGUGGAGUUACAUCCUUUGUGGAAGGGUCCCCAUGAUAUUCCCGGAGGAACCCGCCAAUCGCCGAUUGACAUUCGCGUCCGCGAUAGCGUUUAUCACCCUCAGCUGGCGCCGGUGAAGACGCAGUAUGACCCCAACACGUGCCUUCACAUAUGGAACAACGGAUACGCCUUCCUGGUGGAAUACGAUGAUUCCACCAACAAGUCAGUGGUGAGUGGGGGACCCCUGGAAAACCCGUACAGACUGAAGCAAUUCCACUUCCACUGGGGAGUGAACAAUGACUGGGGGUCGGAGCACACGGUGGACAGCAAGGUGUUCCCUGCAGAGCUUCACUUGGUGCAUUGGAAUUGCACUAAAUACAAGACAUUUGAGGAAGCGAUCAUGGAGGAAAAUGGCCUGGCUGUUAUAGGGGUGUUCUUAAAGUUGGGAAAACACCACGAGAAGUUGCAGAAGCUGGUGGACAUAUUGCCUUCUGUGAGAUACAAGGAUGCUCUUACAGAAUGUAAUUAUUUUGACGCCUCCUGCCUCCUGCCAAGUUGCGGGGAUUACUGGACAUACGCCGGGUCUUUAACAACUCCACCUUUGACAGAGUCCGUUACCUGGAUCGUCAUGAAGAAGCCCAUUGAGGUGGACCAUAGUCAGCUGGCUGUGUUCCGCAGUCUGCUCUACUCGGCGGUGGGAGAGGAGGAGAAGAACAUGGUAGACAAUUUCCGACCCCUGCAGCCUCUGAUGAACCGCACUGUCCAUUCCUCCUUCCAACCGGCGCUGCAACUGUCUGACGUCAAAAAGAAAUCCGAAAAACAUUCCCAGCGUCAGUAGGCUGGAGAACUCUAGGGUCGCUCCGAGUAUCCAGGGCCACUUAGUUACUGAUAAUUCCAAUUAUUCCGAUAUUUAUGGGUAGAGCA